AGAAAACAACAAUGCACACAACUUAUACUUGCAGAAAGUAAAAGUAAAUAGGCCUAGGGGCUAGACCGUGAUUUAGCUGUUAGCCAUGUUCGAUCACAGUAACUUUUGGAUAUACAAAAGCACCAUAUAUAUCUGUGAACAGCUAUAAAUUGUUUUGAUAGGCCGGACUAACACCCAUUAUUUUGUAAACAAGCCAGGUAAGGCACGCAUGGUACACAUGCCGUUCAAGGCGGGAGGGAAGGAUAAUCAGAACCUAAAGAUGAUCCGUGAGAGGGGGACCAUCGGAACAUAAUUUUGAACAGUGACCAGAGGAAUAGGAACAUGGAGAACGAUGCAGAGCCAAUUACAGGCAAUGAGGAGGAGGAGGUGAAUACAGAUGAUGACGCUGAAGGUACAUCUUUUUCUAGACAUAAUGCCUUGUUGGAGUUUGACGAUGAUGAUGAUGGCGACAUUGACAUGGAUGACAUCCGUCUGUUUGACGAGACGGAUUUGUGUUCCACUGACAUUUUACAGGAUGAUGAAAUCACACAAGAAACUGGUAUUGAUGAAAGGACUGAUAUUAAAACACCGGAGUUGUGCCCCUUUGACAGUACUCCAACAUUUGAUGACAAGGCUUGUAAUCAGGAAAAUUCAUCUGCAGCUCAUCCUAUUGAGUUAGUGAUUAGUGAUGAAGCUGUUUCUCAGGAAAUUAUUGAGAGAUCUUUGUCCAAAGAUGUUCUGGGAACAUCUCAAAAUGUAUCUUCAGAAAGAAAGCAUAUAAUAAAUAAAAAAAGUAGGGAAACUGUCUCCAUAGGCAAGGAUGUAACUCUGCCACAAGCUUAUGAAUUGUCUAAGACAACAUCAUAUGUGCACCAAGGACAAGUUAUGGAAGGUCAGUCUGAAGGUCAAAGUUCUGGACCAGGAAAUGUACCAGACAAUAAGAGACCAAAUGUUGUUUUUUCUAACAUGGGAGAUGAAACUGACAUGGAGCAGACAAAGGUUGUAUCCGACAUUGAUGAUAUUAGACUGAUUAAACCUAAGGUGAGAAGGUCACCAAGGAAAGUUGAUCAGAAAGAGGCUGAAACCAUAGCAACAGUGACUGACCUCAAUUCACAAGUUGUAACACGAAAUGGGGACAUCAAAGCCAGACUGGACACUCAAACCACAACACCCUCUACCUCCAGAUCUGAGAGCAAUUCACCAGAGGUCAUUGCCAUAGAGGAUCCGUCUCUUGGUGGUGAUGUAGAAGCUGACAGUUUUAGUGUAGAGAAUGAGCAGUACACUGAAAGAGGUCAACAUAAGUGUUACCUGUGUGAGGUGAUGUUUAAUUGUAAGGCCAAUCUGACUGUACACAUGCGUACAGUACAUUCAUACUACCCCCAACUACACCCUUGUGGUUGUACCCACUGUGGGGCACAGUUCAAAUCCGAGGCGUUUGUCAUCAAGCAUGAACAGACAGUCCACAGCUUGGACACUGCCUGUGCAUUCUGUGGAAAGAACCAGUCUACUAGGGAAGCAUUACAGACCCAUGUAUGUAACCACCUCCAGCCCCUGACCUACCUCUGUAUGUUGUGUCGCGAGGACUUUCCCAAUGUGGUCGAGGCAGAAAAACAUUUGAGCAAGCACAAGGGGGAAGUCGCAUUUUGGUCAGAUUUCCUCAAAUGUAGAUUUUGUGGAUCCUUGUUCAGUAAGCGUGAAAAGCUUUAUUGCCACAUAAUGAAAAUACAUGAAGAUUUGUUUAAUAUCAAAUGUAAGUCGUGUAGUCAACGAUUUUAUCUGGAUUCAUCUUUGGCUGUUCAUCGCAGUGAUCAAAAUCACAGACUCGACGGCAAGAGGAUACGGGUUAAUGACAACAUCCAAAUACAAUUCGGUGUCACUAGAACUGGAAAAGUGUCAAAAGAAUUGAUUGACAUUUCAGAAGAUGGCAGUUUUGAAAGUCACAACGAGGCUUGUGCUCUGAAAUUAAAAAAUAGCAUCAAUAAAGGUGGUAUGGAGGUAUCUCAGCAGAGUCACCUGGAUCUGUUGUACAACCUCGGCAAGCUGGACCACAGUGUAAAAGACAGUUGUAGUCCUUGUGCUUCACCAAGGUCGGAUGAUGACGUGACCUCACAGUCAACAAAGGGUCCGAACACUAUUACUGCCAAACAGUGCCUCAUGGCCAAGUUACUUAACAGAAGGCAAACACCAAAAGCAUGUACAACUCCUCUGAAUGACGACAAUCAGGAGAUGAGGAGGAGUAACACAGCCCCAGUACAUGACAGUCUGGAGAACUCAUUCCAGAGGAUCAUGUUCCGUGUAGCAUCCAACAUACAGGAACUUCUCCGCCUCAGCCUCACGAUCGAAGGUCAUGUGACUCAGCAGUCCCAUCAGUUCCUGGCCAAGGUUUACGAUCAGAAGUUCAAAGUCGUCAUGGUGCUGUGGACAGAACUACAAAGCCUGACGAAGGCAGUGAACACUAAUGUAUUCGCCAAAGGGAACAAACUCUCCAAGGAUCUUGUUGAUGAACUCUUGUGUGGCAUUUUGAAGAAUGUGCAUUCAUUACGUAAUUCUAAAGUGGAAACCAUCGUGAUGAUGGGUCAGUGUAUAGCCAAAUCAUUUCAGGAACUUAUAAAGGUGAUGAUAGGCGUGGAUACCAUUAUCACACCCGGCCUUCAGUUGAUAGCCAUCAACCAUUACGAACAUUGGCUUGACUUUAUCCCGACUGUCAUAGAUGCCCAGUGGAAUGUAUUUAGGGAAAUUGCCACAAAUCACACAGACAACAAGAACAAUGAAGUGUUGGAGCUUGUAGGCAGACUCUGGCAUGCACGAAUCACACUCAACCAAGCAGUCCUUCUGAAGAAAGAUGAAAACGAGAAAUGGAAGAAAGGUCUGCACCCCUCAUGUGAGAAAACACUUGUAAAGCCAUCUGAAGUGGAAGGGCAGGUGCAAGCCAAGGAAAAUUUAAAGCAAAUGCUGUUUAAGAUGACCAAUGAAACAGCAGUGUUUGUGGCUGGGAAAAGCACACCAGUGGCCAUUAGUUCUGUGGAACCUGGUACCAAGGUGCUGAUCCCAGUUACCAAGUUACCACCGGACAAACAAGGUCAGAGCCCAGAUACCGUCAAUAUCUUACCAGGGACACAAAGCUCCAACAUAGGGGACAAAGCCAACAUGUUUGCUAAAGUGGCCCAUCUACCAGGCUUUCUGUCUAACGAGCAGCAUGAAGGCUAUCGCCUAGUCUACAUUUCUGAAGGAUUUCUUAGAGAAGGAAUUCACCCAAUGACUGUAUCUAAACCUCAGCAGCCAAUCAGCAUUGAUCUUGUUAGUGACGAGGAAAGUGAUGAUGGUGGCUUUGAAAAUGCUGAAGACAAUGUAGAAUUCUCUGAUGAUGAUUGUGUUGAAAGAUCUGGCAAAAAGUCUGAUACAUCUGCCGAAGGUUUAGUGAUGGAUUGUGUUGAGGAUGACCCUAUCACUGACGAUACAGAGAGAAAAAAGUCAAAGCAGAUAAUAGAAAAAGCAACCAAAGUAACAAUUGUCACAAACAGAGAGAAUGAUGCUGAGCAUAUGGAGCUUGACUGUGUCACCAUAAAACCUGAACCAAUGGAUUACAAUAACAUCACAGUCGACCUCUGUCUAUCGGAUGACAAUGAAGAUGAUGAAGAUGAUGAGGAUAAGAAAGAAAAGGUUGAGAAUGACAGAAAGAAAGAUUCUGUCUCUGUGGUAAUGCUGGACUCUGUAAAUAAUGAGGAAAUAAAAAUUGUGUUAGCAGAGGAUGAUGAUACCAUAGGGAACAGGGCGCUGAAUACAAGUCCUCAAGUAAAACUGGAAAAGACUUACGACGGAGACACGGAAACAUCUGAUCCUACACAGUCCAUACAAAGUAAAAGAAGCUUGCCAGUGGAUGAGUUUGUGACAGGGGCAGACAACUUCAUGAACCCACCAAACAAAAAACUUAAACUAGUUAAAGUCUUUAAUGGUGCUACAUAUGAAGACACCUCAGUUAACAAUCUAAAUAGUCUUCCAGAAGGGGGGAUAACUCCAGAACCCCCUUCCAUGCUUAGAGUGAAAACAGAGCCUAUUAGAGAGGAUGAACCUGAUAUAUCAAGGGAGACAACUAUCAAGGUUAAAAAGGAACCUGUGUUACCAAGUUAUGAUGAAACUCAAUUAACGUCAUCAGUUCUGGAUACUGCUGUGCCUCUGAAAAUCAAAUCUGAGCCAGUAGAAUCAGCAGGUUCUAGGCCAUGCACUGUGGCAGUCAAUUCUGAGCCAGUAGAAUCAGUAGGUGGUAGGCCAUGCACUGUGGCAGUAAAUUCUGAGCCAGUAGAAUCAGCAGGUACUAGGCCAUGCACUGUGGCAGUCAAAUCUGAGCCGGUAGAAUCAGCAGGUUCUAGGCCAUGCACUGUGGCAGUCAAUUCUGAGCCAGUAGAAUCAGUAGGUGGUAGGCCAUGUACUGUGGCAGUCAAUUCAAUGGAAGACUGUAAAGAUACAGUACAAAAGAAAUUAAAUGGCCAGUUGGACAUAAAGUCUGAGCGCUGUGAGACGCCACUGUCAGACUCUGAGGUGCUCAAGGCGUACUACUCCUGAUAUUAACAUUAGAUCUGAAACUUAGAUCAGCAAUAACCAACAUUGUUUCUUUACCUGUGCUUAAUCCUCUAUUAAAAUCAUGACAGAUUUUCUGAAAUCGAUAGCACUAGUUGACCUCUACUUUAGUUUAAUACUGAUGUAGUGUAUAAUUCAAGGACUGAUUUGAGAACAACAAAUUAACUGCAUGUUUACUAAACCAGUAGAUCUGAUUACAGGUGAAUAGCCAACAAAACAUCUUUUGUUCCAAAGGAAACAAGCAUCAACUGUUCUAUUAGAAUAGCGCGUUAUUUAGGUGCUGUAUCAGAGGUGAAAAGGCCAUAUUGUACUGACAGUGUCUGUCCGUAUGUCUGUUUGGGCAUACUUUUGGUUGUCUGAGAUUAUCUCAGACCCAGCAUUCUAGAAUUUCUUCAGUUACAUAUACUCAUACACUGUAAUAUAUAGAUGUGCAAGUUACUAAAGUCAAGGUCAAGUUCACUAUUAUUAAAAUAGAGCAAAGGGUAUAAAUUCCAAAACGCAUAAUAUUGCGCUUUCUGAAUCAGCAAUGUUGAUUUUGAUGGUAAGUGAUAUUAGAUUGAUAAUUACAGGAAUCCACAAAAGUCAAGUCACUGUUACAAAAAUAGGACCGGGACAGUUUACUGUCAACACUGCAGUGUAUGGCCCUUUCUCACUUGUUGAUGUUCGAAUGGUAAAAUGGAACUAGUUGGAUAAUUACACCAUAUUACCUGGACCUUGCAGUCCACUGUUUGGCGCUGUGAUUCAUUGAGACAAAUACAAUUUUGUUCAUACUUUGUGGUAAAUGGUACUUAGUAAGCAUAUAUUACCCAUCUCAUAAACCAAAAUGUCUGCCAUGACUUAAAGCCGAUUCAUUGAGACUUUUUGUGUUCUUAUAAAACUUCUACACUGCUGGUCUGAAUUAGUUCCUACUUGUUGGUGAAUGGUACUUGUCAGAUGGGGAAAACCUUAUACAGCUGUACUGGUAUUACAAAAUACGAAUCAAAGAGGAUUGCUGUGGCUUCUGUUUAGCAAAUAUUGGGGAUUUAUAGUCAGGCAAACAGUGAACAAAUUACUUACUUGUCUGUUUUCUGUUUUUUGUGGUUUACCAAUUGUAUGCAAAUGAAUAUCUUUCUUUAUACUUUGUUUCUGGGAUAUGUACUAUUCAUUUGAUCAUUUCUAGCAAGCAUCAGGAAAAAGGGUAUCAGUGUAUACAUGUGUUUUUUGAUGUAGUUCCAGGGAUAGAGCCAAUGUUGUUACUUUAAAUUUUGGUCGGUUCUGUUUAUCCCUUGCCCGGAUACCACCUUGUAUGCAGGGCGAUUGAAGAAUAGGGAAAACUAAGCAUAGAAGUCAAUCGCAACAAGCUUGGGAUAAGUUGUUUUAUACGCCCGUAAAGUUUGACGGGAGUAUUAUGGUAAGGCAUUGUCCGGCCGGCCGGCGUAAACUUUUGUCCGGCAAUCUCCUCCUACAU